AUGAGGGUGAGUUUGACUUUAGGCUUAGAUCCGAGGUUGGAUUAUUUUGGUCGUAUAAACGACUAUCAAACGGCCACAAUGAUUAUUUGCGUGUUGAGCGAACGAAUUCGACGCGAUUUCGAGGCGAUUCGAAGUGAACAACAACGCAGAAGUUAUCAGUUGGCGAGUGGGUCGUUGAAGAGGCAACCGAAGAAGUUUAUUCAGCACACGCGAUCGAAUAGUAAUGCGGAGAAUAUGGGAGGUGUUUGUGCGGCGAGUGGUGGAGUGGCGGGUGGCAACAGCGGUACAAUAUUACCAGUGGCCACACCGAAUCGAGAGAAUUACCGUAAAUUAGAGGAGAACCUCAAAGGAGUGCUUAUCCAUCAACAACCCACCGCAUCCAUCGACAAAGAACAGUACGAUUUUUAA